AUGCACAUUUUUCCAGUUCUACUGGCUAGUCAUUGUCGAGGACGGAAGUCAAGAAGUCAUAAAGCAUUCACAAAUCUGUUCUAUUCAAGGUUACGAAGCGAUCCGUGCUGUUCGUUUCUAACUGGAAGGAUGUUAUCUGGGGUUACGCGUAGUUUGUUGAGAGCCUCGCCGUCUGUUGUCUCAAAUGGUCGAUGCGCUUCAUUCAAUUUCCGAGACGCUUUCGAUAUCUCUUCGCAGAUUACGGAUGAUGAAAGAGCUCUCAUGGAAACAGCGCAUGAGUAUUGCCAACAAAAGUUGCUCCCGCGAGUUACCGAGGCGUAUCGACAGGAAAAGUAUGAUCCAACGUUAAUACCAGAAAUGGGUAAAAUGGGACUGCUUGGUGCACCGUACCAGGGCUACGGAUGUGCAGGCGCAACAACUGUGGGUUACGGGCUUAUUGCACGUGAGAUAGAGCGAGUAGAUUCUGGAUAUCGGUCGACAAUGAGUGUUCAGACAAGUCUAGUCAUAGGCCCAAUCUAUAAUUACGGAAGUGAGGAGCAGAAAAAGAAGUACAUACCCGGAUUGGCGAGUGGUGAUCUCGUGGGAUGUUUCGGUCUUACGGAACCUAACUUUGGAUCCAAUAUUUCUUCUAUGGAAACUAAAGCCAGAUGGGACGAAAAAACAAAGACGUAUCGUCUUACUGGAACAAAAACUUGGAUCAGCAAUAGUCCUGUGGCUGAUGUAUUGGUUGUUUGGGCACGAAGCGAUAGACAUAAUAACGACGUCAAGGGUUUCAUCCUUGAAAAAGGCAUGGAUGGUCUGACGUGUCCAAAGAUUGAAGGCAAGCUGUCGUUGCGAACCUCAGUCACGGGCCAGAUUGCUAUGGAUGAAGUACCAGUACCAGAGGCGAACCUACUUCCUAAUGCGAGAGGCCUAAGUGGUCCAUUUGGGUGUCUAAACAAUGCACGAAUGGGAAUCGCUUUUGGUGCUUUGGGGGCAGCAGAAGACUGCUUCCAUCGUUCAAGACAGUAUGCAAUGGACAGGAUACAGUUCGGUAAACCUCUCGCUCAAACUCAACUGAUCCAACUCAAAUUUGCUGAUAUGUUGACAGAGAUCACCCUAGGUCUCCAAGGUUGUAUACGAUUGGGUCAAUUGAAGGAUAAAGGGCAAGCAACACCUGAACAAAUUUCGAUGAUGAAGAGAAAUUCAUGCGGUAAAGCGCUGGAAAUCGCUAGAAAAGCUAGAGAUAUUCUUGGUGGAAACGGUAUCGUUGACGAAUAUCAUAUUAUAAGGCAUAUGAUCAAUCUGGAAACGGUUAACACAUACGAAGGCACUCACGAUAUUCACGCACUAGUUCUUGGUAGAGCCAUAACAGGAUUGCAAGCUUUCAAAUGA